AUGAAGGAAGUGGAUUAUUAUCAGCAGCAGAGCAAAGAAAGCCUGGAUUUUGAAGAAAAACCGGAGAUUAAAGCCCUCGGAGUCCAUCAGGAGCAGGAUGCUGCUAUAAAUCAAAUCGCUGAUGUCCCACAGCUGUGGGUGAUUAAAAAAGAAGUUCCUCCUGAAUGGAGCCAAACUCUGGAACAGCAGGACCCAAACUUCUUCCACAUAAAGGUAGAACAGGAGGAAACCUGGAGUAAUGAGGAGGAAAACCAACCUAAUAGUCUUGAGAGGGCGGACACCACAAGGUUCCCAGUCACUGGUGUUGCUGUAAAGACUGAAGAUGAUGAUGAUGAGAAACCUCAGCUGUCAGAGCUGCAUCAGAGCCAAAUUGAAAUAAAAAAACUGGAAGAGCCUCCAAUCAUCAGCUCAGUUAAUCACACAACAAUAGAAGCCGUUGGAGAGGACUGUGGAGGACCAGAAACAGCCACAAACUCAGAUCCACACAGUGAUUCAGAGCCAAACACUGAGGAAAAAGCUUCAGGCACUUUUGAAGCUGAAGUUAGUAUUGACAGUGACAACCAUGAUGAUGAUGCUGAUGAUGAUGAUGAAUGGCAGGAAUCUUUGUCAGAUUCUGGACCUGAAACUAAAAACAGUGACAGUGAUUGGAAUGUUUCAAGUAUAAAUCCAGCCAAAAAAUCAUUUGGUUGCUCUGAGUGUGGUAAAAAAUUUCUCUACAAGCAGUCUCUCCAGAAACAUAUGACAAAUCAUUCAGGAAAAACAUCUUCCAGCCAUCUUAAGAAGAAAUUUGUCAGAGUGAAACAGAAACUAGAUUCACAGAUGAGUGCUGAGAAAGGAGAGAAACAAUUCGUCUGUAAUGACUGUGGACACAGAUUUAGACAUCGCUUUAAUCUCAGAAGACACAUGAGAGUCCACACAGGAGAGAAUCCAUUUAGUUGUGAUAUUUGUGCUAGAAGAUUUAAACAGCAGUGUAGUCUGAAAAGACACUUAAGACGCCACAAAGGAGAGAAAUCAUUUAAUUGCGAUGUUUGUGGUAAAAGAUUUAAUGUAAGGGAUGAUCUCAGGCAGCACAUGAAAUGUCACACAGGAGAGAAACCAUUUGGCUGUCAACUUUGUAGCAAAACAUAUAGAGAUCAGUGUGGACUUAAGAGGCACAUGAUAGUCCAUUCAGGAGAACGACCAUUUCAUUGUGAUAUUUGUGGCAAAACAUUUAAUGAGAAAAAAUCACUUAGUAAGCAUGCAAUAAUCCACACAGAAGAGAAGCCAUUUAGUUGUAACGUCUGUGGUAAAAGAUUUAGACAUCAGUGUAAUGUUAAAACACACAUUAGAGUCCACACAGGAGAGAGACCAUUUGGUUGUGAUGUGUGUGGUAAAAAUUUUAACCAACAGACAAUUCUUAAUAAACACCAAACAGUCCACACUGAAGAGAAACAAUCCAGUCCAAAAAGAUGCGAACAUGAGCUUAAAGCCCAAACAGAAGAGAAACCAUUUAGUUGUGAUGUUUGUGGUAAAAGAUUUGGACAGAAGUGUAAUCUUAAAUCGCACAUGAGGGUGCAUACAGGAGAGAAACCAUUUUCAUGUGGUGACUGUAGUAAAAGCUUUAGUCAUAAGUGUCAACUUAAAGCACACAUGAGAAUUCACACAGGAGAGAAACCAUUUUGUUGCGUGAGCUGUGGUAGAAACUUUAGACAUCAAUCUAGUCUUAAUACACACAUGCGAGUCCACACAGGAGAGAAACCAUUUGGUUGUGAUAUGUGUGAAUGGAAAUUUAGCCAAAAGGUACUUCUUCAGAGACAUAUGAAAGCUCACACUGAAACAAAUCCCAUAUGAGGAGCAGGUUAACUGCAGCUAGACUGGGCUCAAUAUUUUGAGACUUCGCUUUAAA